AGGCUAGGCUAGCUGGUGGUUAGCAUCUCUCCUCAGUGUAAUUAGUUGAGACGCACCGGCUCCAUCCACACUCCGGUGCUGUUAGGCUCUGAUCUGACUCUUCUAAAAUCCCAGCUCAGACACAUACGCGCCCCACACCACAGGGACACGAAGUACAGUUACUCAGUUAUAAAACAACUGAAGAUGAUUAAGCUUUUUUCCCUGAAGCAGCAGAAGAAAGACGAGGAAUCUGCUGGAGGAAACAGAACAGGAACCGGGGGUAAAAAAGCCAGCGCGGCCCAGCUACGAAUACAGAAAGACAUCAAUGAGUUGAACCUGCCAAAGACGUGCGAGAUUAACUUUCCUGACGAUGAUGACCUGCUCAACUUCAGACUCAUCAUCUCACCAGACGAGGGUUUUUACAAAGGAGGAAAGUUUGUCUUCAGCUUUAAGGUAGGACAGGGUUACCCACACGAUCCCCCUAAAGUAAAGUGUGAGACGAUGGUGUAUCACCCCAACAUCGACCUGGAAGGGAACGUCUGCCUAAAUAUCUUAAGAGAGGACUGGAAGCCAGUGUUGACAAUAAACUCCAUCAUCUACGGUCUACAGUAUCUAUUUCUAGAGCCAAACCCUGAGGAUCCCCUGAACAAGGAGGCAGCGGAGGUGCUCCAGACAAACCGGCGGCUCUUCGAGCAGAACGUUCAUCGCUCCCUGCGGGGAGGUUACGUGGGCGCCACCUACUUCGAGAGGUGUCUUAAAUAACUCGGCGUCCCAUCGUCCUCCCACCAACCCUCCCCUACCCUCCUGUCUUACCCUCCUUUAACCCCUCGUAACUCAGCCCUGCUCAUUGGCAGAAGCUGCAGCAGCAGAAAGCAGCACAUCCCAAGACGCUUUUCUGUUCUAAAACUAAAGAAGACAAAGACCCCCUCGUCUCCCACUCGUCCUUUUCCCUGUUUUACUUCUAAAAUGCAGCAUUCAACCGUUUACACAAGACGCUGAGACGACACACCAAACAGGACUCGAAAAGGCAGCAACAGUGGAACAGGAGGAAGAUGACGAUCAUGAUGGAGGUGAUGGAGGACUGAUGGUUGAGGGGCUGGGGGAGGCAGACAGGUGAAGGUGGUUUCAGUGGUUUGGUGAACGCCACAGUGAUAAAUGAUAAUAAUGGUGAUACACAGGAUUUUUUAAGUUUGUAGCUUGCGUGUGACGCCUGAUAAUAGACAGGUGUUCAGAAGGACACGCCCCCUCCGCCUCAACCCGUUGGUCUAAACUCCCAACUACAAGACGCCGCUUUUGUCAAACUACACCACUGUUGUUUCACAGACAGAGGUGACAGAGGAUCCUCAGAACCACACUCCACGCAUCAGCAGCUGUGAUAGAACGCCUGAGUCCAGCACCAAGGGGGGGGGGGGCAACUGAAAUCCUUCGCCUUUCACUGGGGCGAGUAUGGCCUUUAGUUUUCAAAAGCAGCAGCUCCACAGUCUGAGUAGAUGGUGGAGGGAGGAGCCUGUUAGUGUUUGUUAUGAAGCCUUAUGAUGUUUCUAACCGUGAAAUCUUUAUUUGAGGGUUUGAUUCCAUAGCUGUUGGUUGGGGAGUGAAAACACGGUGGACUUCUUGCAGAUUGAGUCGUUUUAGCAAUGGAGCUGAGCUGGUUUGGAGUCUGAACGUUCAGCAUCACGCUGACGGCAGGGCGACACGUGAGGGGGCAUCAUUGUUUGUUCAAAGGAGUGAGGGCGGAUGGGGGGUGGGUGCAUCUGUUUUCAUUUGGGGUGGGGGGGUCACAGAGGGGAGGGGUCUAGAUGUUACGAUUCUAUUGUGUAUAUUGAAACCCCAGCUUCACAUUGACUGCAAUAUGGUUUAUGUUAAAUAAAAUAUGAACUUGAAUGAUUCUAAGUAC